AUGGAGUUGGCAGAGGUCUUUGCCGACGAUGGCAAUCGAGCGCGGAGGCGAGGUGGAUCUGGGCGGCCAUUGGCCCGCGCCUUACCUCCGCCGUGGUUGCCCCGAAGAAGACCUCAACGCCCUGGCCGUAAAUGCGGACGAGCACGUUAUGCGGGUCGCCCUCGCCGCCGAGCGACCCUUGAUCUAGGACAUGACGAGCACGCUGGGGUCCACCUCGCUGCCCCAGAGGUCACCGGCGAGGCGGUGCAGGACGCGGUGCGCGUCCUUCGGGAUCCAGUCGAUGCUGGUGCUCCGCUUCAGCGCCGGCGCGGGAGCCGCGGCCUCCGCGCGUGGCGGUGGGUCGACGACGUCCAUCGGCGGCGCGCGGAGGAGCACAAGGAGGAGGCGGCGAUCUGCAGAGAGUCGGAGAGGUGGGGGUGA